AUGGUCUAUUUCCAUAGCUCAAUCUCGGUCUGCAACUCAGUUGACCAAUCACCACCAACAGCUUCCAUGGCAAAUUCUGUGAAUUCCAGUGAGUUUAAUCUAAAAUCAAGGCACAACAAUAAUCAUGUGCACAAGAACAGGAAGACAGUCAAUGGUUCAAAUUGUAAAACUAUACCUGCCUGUGAUCGAUCUCGAUCAGCUGUUAUUGAUGUUGUGAUCUUGAUUGCUGUUAUUGGUGCUUGUGGAUUCUUGUUAUUUCCUUAUAUCAAGCUUGUAACUCUUGGUUUGAUUGAAUUUGUUGCUGCUAUUCAUCAUGUGGUCAAAGAGGAGGUUAUGAGAAAUCCAAUGAUAUAUGGAUCUAUAGGGAUUAGUACUUUUUGUGCUGCAAUAGUUGCCUGGAUAGUUAUUUUAUGUACUACUAGGAAAUGUGGAAAUCCGAACUGCAAGGGCUUAAGGAAGGCGGCAGAAUUUGAUAUUCAGUUGGAGACUGAGGAGUGUGUGAAGAAUUCUAAUGGUACUUUGGUGAAAGAUGGACUGAAGAGGGGCCUUUUUGAAUUGCCUCGUGAUCACCAUCGCGAAUUGGAGGCUGAAUUGAAGAAGAUGGCACCAACUAAUGGAAGAGCUGUUCUUGUGUUUCGAGCAAGGUGUGGAUGUUCUGUUGGAAGAUUGGAGGUUCCCGGACCUAAGAAGCCAAAGAAGAUCAAGAAGUAG